CGGCUACUCUGACACUGUUUCCCAGUGGGAUUUGCUGUCCCUCCGGGAAGGCAAAGGGUUUGGAACGACAGUCAGACACACAACCAGCCCGCCUCGCUCGCCCGCUGCCCGGGCCAUUCCGUGCAGUGAGAUGGGAGAUCUGACCCAAUGCAUAAACAGCAGAGCCUCUCUUCACCUGCUGUUACUCCUUGCCUGUGUCGUGGGAACCUCGACAUUGAGGUGCCAGCAGCCUCUGGAGCCAGAGAACGGGGGCUUCUCCUGUCACCCCACCCACUGCGGUGCCUUCGCUGACCAGACCGUCAUUGAGUACUUCUGUGAGGAGGGCUACACGCUGAAGGGAGAUUAUAAAUACCUGACGUGCGAGAGCGGGCAGUGGGAGCCGGCGAUGGAGAUCAGCUGCAGACUCAACCGUGAUAAGGAUACCAGCCAGAGCCUGGGGGUGCCCACCCUCUCCAUCGUGGCCUCCACUGCCAGCUCCGUGGCUCUCAUCCUCCUGCUCGUGGUGUUGUUUGUUUUGCUGCAGCCGAAGCUCAAGUCAUUUCACCACAGCCGGAGGGACCAGGGUGUGUCAGGAGAUCAAGCCUCUAUCGUGGUGGAUGGAGUUCCGGUCUCGUUGCCGUCCUAUGAGGAAGCUGUGUACGGCAGUUCAGGGGCUGUGGUGCCGGCCGCUGACUCCCGGGUACAGAUUGUGUUGGCCGAGGGUCCGGGGCUGGAGCGGGAGCCGCUGUGUGAAUGCCCCCCGCCCGGGAGAGCAGACCCCGGCCCCCCGCCCGCACACUGUGAAGCCGGUGGUUCCGGACGCUCAGAGACUGUUUUGGUUCACCAGCCCUCCUCCUCUUCCUCUUCCUCCUCCUCCUUCUCGUACUCACACGGCCGUGGGAACGCGUUCCGCCUUGCCCGGGCCUCGGACGCCUCACUGUUAGAGUUGGAGGGCAGCGACGUGCACAGUCUCCUGUCCCUCUCCUCCCCACUGGGCUCCACUGACGAUAUUCCUUUACUGAAAGACGCGUGAGGUCAGAGAUCACCUCCUCAUCUUCAAGACUCGAUUCCUUGCCUUCCAUUGAUUGAUUCUCUCUCCUCCCCCUCACUCACUCACUCACUCAUUCACACACUCACUC